AUGUAUAGAAUUGUAUUUGCUAAAAUUCUAGUAUUCACAUUUAGCGCUUGGAUAUUGCGCGCCUGUGAUAAUGAAAAGGGUUUAAGCUAUAACGUGAACAAUGGGUUAAAAAAUGCGCAAACUGGUCUGCAGUUAAGAGUAUCUAGAUUGCUUUCAGUAAGCGAUUUAGAAUCAGAAGUGGAUUAUAGCAGUUUAGAAAGCUUAGCCGAUAGAACUGAAAAAGAAGAAAAAGAAGAAAGAGAAGAAAAAGAAGAAAAAUAUGAAAAAUAUGAAAGGCCAGUACACCUUAACUCGCAUUCUUUUAGUUUCGAUGACGAUGAGGAAUUGGACCCAGAUUUAGAAACAUUUAAAGAAUAUAUAAGAUAUGUAGCAAAGAGUGAUAAAUCUUUUAAGGAUAAAUUACAAGAUACAAAAGAUUAUAUCAAAAACAUGGACCCAAUGACAAGAAAAAAAAUUAAAAGAGAAAUCAGAGACAAGGUAAACGAAAGCAGACGCAUGAAGCAUCGAAGAAAAUGCAUGAAAUUCCAGGGCUUAAGCCAAGAUAUGUAUAGAGAUUUAAAGCACAAUAAUUACAAAAUGAUGGUUAAAAUGCGUAAGAUGGAAAAGAAAAUGUCAGUUCUUUCCGGCGGAUCCACUAUUAUGGGAGCUAUUUUAGCCUACUUGGUGUACACACUUCAGUUACUUAGCACCCCUAUCCUAUUCUUCUUUAUGGGAUUUGCCCUACUUUAUUUAGUCUUCAAAAAAAUGUAA